GCCUUCCAUGCUUGCUUGUUCACAGGAGAUGUGCGAAUAGUGGUGCUUCAGUGCAUCUGUUCCUGCUGAUAAACCUCGCCGCAGGGCUUUCGCGAGCCCCGUUAGAUUCGUUCCCUCAUUUGCUCAGACUUUGGAUGGAGUGGAGCUCCAAGGUGCCGCCGCCGCCGCCUUGGGAUAUGGCGGAACUGGGGCAGGGGGCGGAGGUCAGCAUGGGGGCUCUGGCCGGGCCGGGGUUCGUUCUCGGGAGCCAGAGCGGCGGGUUGAUGGAUUGCUCAGUCGAUCUGAGACUGGGUGGGCUAGGUGAGUUCAGGCCGGCGGAGAGGUGGCUCCCCAACACCACAGAGUCCGCGGCGGCAGCUGCAGCGGCUCCGUCGAGGAGAGCCCGGGCGAGCGGCAAUGCCAGCGCCUCGUGCUUGGUCGACGAGUGCAAGUCCGACCUCAGUAACUCCCGGGAGUAUCACCGGCGGCACAAGGUCUGCGAGGUCCACUCCAAGACUCCGGUGGUGAUGGUGGGCGGGCAGGAGCAGCGCUUCUGCCAACAGUGCAGCAGGUUUCACCAACUGGUGGAGUUUGACGAGGCGAAACGAAGCUGCCGGAAACGCCUGGACGGGCACAAUCGACGCCGGAGGAAGCCUCCGCCAGAAUCCAUCAACACCAGUCGCUUAUUCCCGAGCACUCAGGGCAUGCUAGGAAGCAGCAGGUUCCUAAUGUAUCCUCCUCAUCCGAUGGCUCCAAUUCCGGCACAGGGGAACGAGGACACACCGCUUGCAACUUCCUUUCUGCACGGCGACGCCGGUCCUUUCUCUCAGUCCAUAUUCCGGCCCAUGCUCAAGGCGACACCUUCAGCAGAGAGCGGCGGAGGCGGCGGCAGCAGCAGAAUUCUCGCCCAACCCUUCGACUCCGACUGUGCUCUCUCUCUUCUGUCAGCGGCAGCUCAAGAGGAUUCGGGCAUCGGCCAGAUGCUGCCUGCUGGAAGGAUUCCCAUGCACCAGCCCCUGGUUUCAGACCUUGCCUACGCCGCCGCUCAAGCCUCAUGCUACGCUCCAGUAGGCGACGUGUUUGUUUGCGAGGCUGGGGACUGCCAGUGUGUGUAUAAUGCGAUGGGUGGAGGGCCUGCAGAGGAGGCCUCCCAAGCUCCUCCCUUCUCCUGGCAGUGAAUCGAUCGAUCUGAUCUCUGUUCGACAUAUAUUCUAAUAACUCACAAUUAAAUCUCUCCGGCAACCAGCAGCUCUGUUCGGUUGCAUCGCCAAGCAGGAGAUGGGAAUCUAGGCACAAUCCAAGGAGCGGACGCGGAGAUAAGACAGACAGGCAGAAAGAAAUUAAAUGGCCGACAUGCUGUCGCCAAGGAGGCAACUUGCUUUACGCAUUAUUCAUAUCGGCACUGACGCCUACGCACAAGCCCCCAACGUCCACGCCAAUGGAACAGCUCAUGCUCCAAAACCUACCUCCCUCCCUCUAUUAUUCUUCUAUCAAUCAGCUCGGAGCAAUGGCAGUAGGGCACCAUCGUUUUUUUGUUAUUUAUUUACUACUUGCAGAGAAAACUGGUUUUCAGUGCAUUAUUGCCGCAUUUUACAUCAAUUCUAUCCUCCAAGAUAGCCCCACGCUUCUUAAAAG